AUGAAACCCCGGGUCAGAGGCAUAGGGUCGAAAGAGGAUUGGCAAGAGUAUAUUAAGACAAUGGAAAGGGAUGGAAAUAUUCUGGAAAAGUUGUGUGAUGAAUUAAAUGUCGAUGCAUUGCAGCUAGUGGCUACAGUGAAGAGCCUGAAGAAAUCGACAAUGAAAGGCAAUCAGGGAGCAGCAUAAAAGAAGCCCACAGAGGAUCAGAUGGGCCCACAGAGUGGAGUGCGCUCAGGACGCAACUCGAGCAGCUCUGCAACUCGUUUGGAAAUGGGAUCAGCCAGCGCAGGU